AUGAAAAACGUAAGCCAGUGUUUGAUCCUCAGGCAAAUUCCAACAGAUCCCAUAUUUUUCGGUUUGCACUCUUCUUUAGCUGUCACUGCAUCUCUGUCCGUUAUAUUUACUAUCCUGCUCGGAAUUCGUUUCUACAGGCGCACAACUUUUCAUCGAAACGUUCAGAUUCUUAUUUACUUGCUAUUUGCAUACGGCAUCAUCUUCAACUCAAUGGUCGAUGGCACAUAUACGUUUCAUGUCAGCCACAUUAUUGGUGAGGACUCUCCAUGUUCACUUGUUUUCUACACAACGGAGUGCUGGUGGUCUCUGGCUCCGUCAAUCACAUGUAUUACUGGAUUUAUUCUCAUUCAGGCUGCCUUUACUAUUGAACGAGUCAUAGCUACAUGUCGACUUGGACAUUACGAAAGAAAAGGGAAGUUUGUGGGGCCAACACUUGCAGUUAUGGUGGUAUUACUAUCCAUAUUAUGCAUGAACUGGGGACUCGGAGAAGCAGAUCCGAAUGAGCUGCGAUUUCACUGUGCGGGUAUUCCAGCAUCUGCAACUCCUCGAAUGAUUGUCAUCUAUUACAUUAUGCUAAUCGUUGACGUUAUUUCGAUGAUAGUACUCGCAUACUGUUUUUACUACAACAAGAAAAAGCUAAAAAGCGGGUAG